GGAAAUCAAGUUGUUUAUGAUUAUUUAUUUUGCUGCAAAAGCAGUAGAGUUAUCAGUCCCUUGACCGCUGUAUUUUCUCGGGAAUCCUGUGAAUUUAUCGUCUGUUAGUAAUCUUGUAUUCCAAUAUGAUUGGCAUAACUGGAGUAUGCAGCAGAUUAGUGCAAGCACUAGGAGUUUCAGGACCAAGCUCAUCAACUUGUCUUGAAACAACUCCAACUUGCGAGCAAGAAAAAGCGCGUCAAGCCGAUGAGUUGAUGAUCCGGGCAUUGACUGCUGUGUUUGGAAUGGAAAACAAUGGGAAAAUAAAGAAGGAGAAAGCGCGACGGGUGGUGGAAAAGCUUGGUUUGAUAUAUGUUGAAGGAGGAGGAGAAGAAGACCAGGCUAUUUUUGACCUACCAGGUGGUGUUGACGAUGAAGAAGUGCUUGUAGAGGAGGUGCUGAAUGGAUUGGAAGAUGGCUCAGAUCGCCAUCAAUUGUUGCAAGAAGCCUUCAAGAUUUUCGAUGAGAAUGGUAAUGGAUAUAUCGAAGCAGUGGAGUUGAAGAGAGUGCUGCAAUGCUUGGGACUGGACAAAGGGUGGGACAUGGAGCAGAUCCAGAAGAUGUUGAAGGCUGCGGACUUGAAUUUCGACGGAAUGGUUGAUUUUAACGAGUUUGAAUUGAUGAUGGGAUAAGAUCAUAAACAUAAAAAUUUUGUAUUUCAAUGUCAAUUGUAUAUUCUUUGAUUUCAUGAUCAUUUUUCCAAUAAAAAUGUUGGAUUCCUGUUUUA